UAACAAAGUCGCUGUAAAGGAAAAGAAGGUUUAGUUCCACACUGGAUAAGAUUGUAGUGGAUGUUACAGCAGAGGCGCCGCUCCCCCUAUCUCUCUUUCCACGGUCCAUCGCCUCACCAGAUCCGACGUCGUUCUCUUCAUAUUUAUUUUUCUUUUACCGCCCACUCUUCUCUCCGGUUCUCUCUCUAUCCCUACUCUCCACUACUUGCCUUUAAAUUAUACAGAAUCAAAACGACUUUUAUUUUUGGUUUACAAUUUUAUAGAAAUAGGACUCUGUAAUCGGCGAAUGAAAUCAUGAUAAGCAGAUUUUGUAUAUAAAAAUUUUGUGAAAUUUGAUUUACCCGUGAAACGUUCUGAAGUUAGGAAAGCUAAUAAAUGCAUUUUUGGGAUAUUAUAUUCAUUGAAUUUACGCAUUUUGGUAAUUUGUUAUGCCUUUUUCUUGUUUGCUGGUUAAUUAAUUGGCCAUUUUCUGUUUGUGUAUAUGCAAAUUUUCUGAAAUUUGAUUUACUUGUGAAAUUUCUGUUUUUAGGAUUCUUUCUUGUAAAUGAAGGUCCAUGGAUACUAGCCUGGAUGCUGAGGUGCAGGGUACUUCUAAAGAUGACGUCAGAGAGAAAGUUGAUCCUACUUCACUAGUUGAUGCUGAUAUGAAUCAGAUAAGUGAGGCACACAACCUCUCUUAUGAUGCUGACGUGGCCUUUGUCCAUGAACAAACAUCCGUCAGCCAAGAAGCUUCCUCUGCCGAGAAAGAUGGUAUGGACAUGGAUAGUGAGAGUACAUACAGCUGCUUUAAUUCCUCGUCUGACGAAAAAAGUAUUGAUAGUGUUGCUGCACAUGAGUUAACCACACAUAACAGUGACCAUAAUGGGUUAAACAAGGACCGUGAAUACGAGAAUCGGAGUUCAAAGACAAGCAGUAGUGACAAUGAUCAUAGUCCCGGUACAUCCUCGAACAACCAGCCUGCGUCUACGUUUGAUGCACUGUCUGGAUCUGUUCAAGUCGUAGAAGACGGAAUUGGAGAGUAUGUAGUGCCAAAUCUUGGUGUGGAAUUCGAAGCCGAGGAGCAUGCGUACAAGUGUUACAACAGAUAUGCUCUCAUGGAAGGUUUCAGCAUCCGUAAAGAUUUCGUGAAUAGAAGUAAGGUUACGGGUUUUGUGGUAUCGAGGAGGUACACUUGCCACAGGCAAGGGUAUGGUUCUACCAAACGUGAUGCGAAUGUGAAUAAACCCCGCCGAGAAACAAGAACCGGUUGCCUAGCUCAUAUGACCAUUACACGCCAAACGAAUGGCAAAUAUCGUGUCAUCCAUUUCGAGAGAAGGCACAAUCACGAGCUUGUCACACCGUUCACCGCUCAUUUAUUACCCGCGCAGAAGAGAAUAUCCUUUGUCGAGACUGUUGAGGCCGAAUCAGAUGUUGCCACCUCAGUGCCAGAUGGGGUGCCGAAAUUGGGCAUGGGUUUUGACUCGGAAGAUCUUGCUUACGAGUUCUACAAUGCAUAUGCUGCGCGAGUAGGUUUCAGUGUAAGGAAGGACUAUGUUAACAGGAGUAAGGUAGAUGGAGCUGUGGCUUCUAGAAGAUACACUUGUUUCAGAGAAGGUUAUAGGCAGAACGACAAGAGAGGUUCCAAAGUAAAAAGACCAAGGAAGGAAACGAGAGUUGGGUGCAUGGCACAGUUGGUAAUUUCACGUCAAUCUGAUGGCAGAUACCGUAUUACCCACUUUGAAGAACGCCAUAAUCACGAGCUUGUCCAUGCAUGUAAAGUACGCAUGUUAAGGUCACAGAAGAGGUCUAUGACAAAUCAAAAUGGAGAAUCCAGUCCAUAUGGGGGUGCUGAAAUGCAGCCCAAAUCACUUGCUGAGUUGUUAUUAACAGGCGUAGGAAUCGAGGAUGAUUUUUAUGAUCCCAUAGAUCACGAGAUGAGGCUUACAUCUAAACGUGCGUACUAUAUGAAGCAAGAAGAAGCAGAAAGUUUGAACCUGUAUUUACAGAGCAAGAAAUUGAAGGAUCCUUCAUUUGUUUAUUGUGUUCAACUUGAUGUGGAAGAGGAAAUGACUAAUUUCUUUUGGGCUGAUGAGAAAAUGCUGGUGGACUAUGGUGAUUUUGGCGAUGUGGUUUACUUUGAUUCGACCUAUCGUCUGAACAAAGAUUGGCGGCCGUUGGUUCUGUUUUUUGGAAUAAAUAAUCACAAGCAGAUUCUGGUAUUCGGUGCUGCAUUUGUGUACGGUGAUACUUCAGAAUCUUUUAAGUGGCUAUUCCGAACUUUCGUGAAAGCAAUGUCUGGAAAAACACCAAAGACUAUCCUCUCCGACAGAGAGGCUGCAAUAACCGAAGCGAUUGUGUCUGAAUUGCCGGAAACUCACCACAGGUUAUGCACAUGGCAAAUAUAUCAGAAUGCACUUAAGCAUCUCAGUCAAAUAGGGGUCAACUCAGAUUCUUUUUCCAGCGAUUUAUGCGGUGUAUUUUUUAAUCCCGAGGAAGAAGAAUUUGUUAAUUCCUGGAAAGUCAUGCUGGAUACUUACGGUCUAUGGGAAAACGAUUUAUUGCAUGGCAUUUUUGAAGAGAGAGAAAAAUGGGCUGUACCGUACAAUAAGCAUAUAUUUGCUGCUGAUAUAGAAACUGCAUUACUCUCCGAGGGUUCUAUUACAAGCGUGAGAAAGUACCUUAAGCCCGAAUCACAUGUUCUUCAAUUUGUCAAGCACUUUGGGAGGGUGGUGAACGAGUGGCGUUACAAAGAAUUGGAAGCAAACUAUGAUAUGGGCCAUCAUUUGCCGAGAUUAAUGGGAGAUGUGGUAAUGCUUAAGCAGGUAAGAGAAGUAUACACACCUGUUAUUUUUAAGAUGUUUCACCAAGAAUAUGAAAAUUGUCUGAAUAAUGUGAUUAAUGAGUGCAUUGACACGGAGUCCUCGGUCGAGUUUAAAGUGAGUACAUACGGUCAAGUUCGUCAGUAUACAGUUUUAUACAGUUCGGAAAACGAUUCAGUUGUCUGCAGCUGUAUGAAGUUUCAGUUUGUAGGAAUUUUGUGUAGCCACGCACUGAAAGUGCUGGAUUAUAGGAAUAUAAAGAUAGUUCCGAGCCAAUAUAUUUUAAAGCGGUGGACCAGAAAAGCACGGGAAUAAAGUGAUUCAUCGCUUGUGAUUGGCAAGGGAAAUGUAACUGUCUAUCCUAGAGCAUGUUGUUACACACGACGUAGAUUAGCAUGAACUGCUUCACUGUAUAUAUUGUGGAAAUUUAUUGAAAUUUUUUAUAGUUCUAAAUUGAGUUCCGAUGUUGAGAUUUU